UAAUGAAUGUUAUAACAAUUGAAGACUAUAAGAGCACAUAUUGGCCAAAGUUGGACAGUGCCAUAGAUCAACUUUUAACUCAGAGUCCUGGUGACUACAUCCCUAUCUCCUAUGAACAAAUAUACAGUUGUGUGUAUAAGUGUGUAUGCCAGCAGCAUUCGGAACAGAUGUAUAGUGACCUAAUAAAAAAGAUAACUAACCACUUAGAGAGAGUCUCAAAGGAGCUGCAGGCCAGCCCUCCAGAUCUCUAUAUUGAAAGAUUUAACGUAGCUCUUGGACAGUAUAUGGGAGCAUUGCAGAGCAUUGUGCCUCUUUUCAUAUAUAUGAAUAAAUUUUACAUAGAAACCAAGCUUAACAGAGACUUAAAAGAUGACCUUAUAAAGCUGUUUACGGAACAUGUUGCAGAAAAGCACAUUUACAACCUAAUGCCUUUACUCUUGGAAGCUCAGUCAACACCGUUUCAAAUAACUCCUUCAACCAUGGCAAAUAUUGUGAAAGGCCUAUAUACACUACGACCAGAAUGGGUACAGAUGGCACCAGCUUUAUUUUCUAAGUUCAUCCCAAAUAUUCUUCCCCCUGCUGUGGAAUCUGAGCUUCAGGAAUAUGCUGCUCAAGACCAGAAACUUCAAAGAGAGCUUAUUCAGAAUGGAUUUACUAGAGGUGACCAGUCACGCAAGAGAGCUGGAGAAGAGUUAACUUACAAUGGCUCAUCAGCUUGUGCAAGUUCCAGGGGGUACAGAUAGUGAAUAUACUGGAUCAGCUUCUAUUCCUAGCCAGAACAGACACUGGAGGAGCACAGAUGGUAUCUGGAGCCUCCUUUGGCAACUGCUGAUACUCAAGCUCUGACACGAACUAUGCCUCGAAGAAGAGUUUUGGACUUUCUUCUUUAUGUAAUGAAAUGUCAGUUGCUGCUACAGUUGGGAUGACUUUGAAAGACAUGAUUUCUUGGUCUAGCCUAUCAAAAAGCUCUGCGAUUUUUAUGAGUAAUGCACCUUGAAAAACAAUCCUUUCAAAGUGGAAAUGAGCAGCCGAAAGCAGCAGCUUCCAAAAGUGAUAGAAUGGAAGAAUCCUUUUUGCACUCUUUUCUUAAUAUUAAGGACAUUCUUAAAACUAGUUAACACAUCAGUGUAUUAGUUUUUGAACUUCAAGUUAUUUUCUGGAGCUUCUACUUAAAUAAUAAGAAUAAAGUUUCAUUAUUUUGCA